AUGGAAACGUUAUCAAAAGAAAAUUCCAAUCAAAAUAUUACUAAUGGUGGUAUUAAUAAUGAUAAAUCUGCAGACUCCUAUAAUAUGUCAAAACCGAUUAGUAUGGAGUAUGAACAUAAAGGUUCAGAGUCUGGUGGUGGUGCCUUCGCUCCAAGACCAAGCUUUAAACAAAAUGCUCCCGCGGUAAAACAAAUUAUACAAUCAAUUGUUCGAGAACGAUUAAGUAAUGCACUGUAUAAUAAGGAUCAAGCUCCUGGUUGGGCACAUGAAAUAUCCCAAGAAAUUAAAAAAAAGUUAUUAGAAAUGGAUUUACAAAAAUAUAAAUAUGUAAUAAAUGUUAUAAUCAUGGAAAAUAAAAAAGAAGGUGCAAGACACUUUUCAACAAAGAAAAUAAUUGAUGGUCCUACUUCAGCUCCUGCAGAAGCAGGAAGAAUUGCAUGUGACCCUAUGAUAUGGAAGGUUAAUACUUUGAAUUCAUUCCAACCGCCUUCAUCAACUCUUUUUAUAGAGCCAUCAUCACUUAAUGAGAUUUCCCAUACGAUGUAG